UUCAAAGUUUCAUCUUUGACGGAGAAUAUAUUAACCACUUUGUACUGAUGUAGUAUAGUAGACUAUAAGAAGGUUCUUAAAUGCAACGCGCAAUUUCCUUUGUAAACUGACCAACUCAAACAAUAAUAGUCUUAUUAUUGUCGAUUUCGUCAUUCAUUUCCCAUGGGAGCCUCACUCUCAUGAAUUACAAACCAAUCGCCUUUCGACGUUUGAUAUUCGUCGCUAGGCUAGGAGGCUUCCUAGCUAAAAACAUGUUAUUGUUGUCAAAAACAUAUUCUUGCUGUAGUCAUCGACAAGGUGCAUAGGAGUUUCGUUUUCAGAGUUCAGACAAACUUUAACUGAAGAAAUGGCAGAGUCAGAGACGAACCAGAAUAGUACAGGGGAAGGGUCACCGAAUAAACGUCAAAAAAUAGACAAGAAUGGCUUUCAAAUAUUCAACGAUCCUAUCCAUGGUUCUAUCGAACUUCAUCCUUUGUUGAUUGCGAUCAUCCAUACACCACAGUUCCAACGUUUGAAAGAUCUAAAACAGUUAAGCUUUUGUUACUGGAUUUACCCCGGUGCUUCGCAUAACAGAUUUGAGCAUUCUCUUGGAACUGCCCAUUUGUGUGGCAAACUGAUCGACACCCUUCAAGAAUUACACGCAGGAGAAUAUGAAAUAACAGAUAAAGAAGCCCUCUGUGUAAAAAUUGCUGGUUUGUGUCAUGAUUUGGGCCAUGGACCAUUCUCUCAUUUUUUUGAUGGUGUGUAUAUUCCACAUGUGAAACCAGAGUCCAAAUGGACGCACGAGGAAGCAUCAUGUAAACUCUUUGAAACAAUGCUCGAAGAGAAUACUGUUGUUCGUGAAAAAUUCAGAUAUUUUGGUUUGGACGGGGAGGAGUAUAAAAAGUUAAUUAAAGAUUUAAUCUUAGGCAAGGAUCCAGAGAAAGACGAAGUGACACGCAUGUGUUCUAAAACAGAUCCAAAUAAACCAAAAUGGUUUCUCUACGAAAUCGUGUCGAAUAAGCGCAAUGGAAUAGAUUGCGAUAAGUUCGACUACUUUGCCCGAGAUUGCGCCAACGUCGGAGUCACGAGCUCCUUCGAUUAUCGAAGAUAUUUUCAAAACGUACGCAUUUGUGAAUUUGAUGAUCAACUGCAGAUCUGCGUGCGAGAUAAAGAAGUCUUCAACCUCUACGAGCUAUUCCACACCCGAUGGUCACUGCACCACCGCGUCUACAGACACAAAACCCAAGCCCCGAUUCAAGACCUAGUGCUCAAAGCCUUUAAAGAAGUCGAUGAUGAAUUGAAAAUUUCUGAGGGAAUUGAUACGAGACGUUUUACAGUCUUGACAGAUAGUUUAUUUUACGAUAUUGUUGAAAGUGAUCCGGUAAAAUCUUCAGAAGAAAUGAAGAAGGCUAAAGAGCUAUUACAGCGCAUACAAAAACGAGAUUUGUAUAAGUUUUGUGCUGAAACACAACCAGGAACGGAACAAGAUUGCCCAGAGAAGGAAAAGGUUAUCAAGCAUUUGAUCCGGAUUUCUGCAGGAACUUUGACGGAAGAGCAGAUCUUUGUGGACAUUGUUAAGAUAAAUUUUGGAAUGGGAAAUAAAAAUCCUGUCGACAAUGUCGUUUUCUUUAACAAAUCCAACGAAACGUUUAAAUUUCGUAAGGAACAAGUGAGCCAAAUGCUACCGCAGAAUUUCCAUGAGCGUUAUGUGCGUGUAUACGCGCAAUCCCGCGAGGAUUCUGAGUCAAUUGAAAGAAUUCAGAAGUGUUUCGAAAGGUUCUGUGAAAUCAGAAAUUAUCCUAAGCCACGUGUUCCAGGGGUAACGUCAUCGAAUACCGUUUCAAGCAGUGAUUCAACUAGCACUGGGUGAUCAGGACUUGCUUAAAGUCUGCCUCUUGGUGGUAUAAAUGUGACCAACGACACCGCUAAAUAGGAGAAAAUGUAGUCCAUAAUUUUUCCUACACGAAUCAAGGCUGCGAUUUGCCAUAUUUAUUCCAUUAAAAGACAGACUUAGAGCACAGUCUACGGUUGAUCGUGAGGGUGCUUGUAAUAACUGAUUCAUCAUAAUUGUUUUCUUCUAAUUAUUCAAACUUUUACUAGACAUGCGGGAACAAUAAUUUUAGCGUAGGUUCCUGAUAAUCGAUAGCAUAGCUUGUAUAGUUAGGUUCCAUUAUUGUGGUGUAUAUGUUAUUUAUAGAGGCAUGCAAAUAUAGUGUCAAUUAAGUCUAUUGACUAUUGCUAGAGCAUGGAAAUUUCGACUACUGGAAUGCCACUGUGGAAAACAAUCAUGGACUGUUUGAUUUAUUAACUAUUUAACUAUUGAUUUGAUUGGUUGAAGGUCACGUGGGGAAGACACGCUACUUCCCGACGUGCCCAGGAAAGAUUUAUUUAAUUGGGGUUUGGUUGUUAGUUGUCACCAGAUAAUAUGCAUAUGUAAUUUCAAUUCAAUUAUUAUAAUUAUUAAUUACAAUCACAAUAUAUGAUUAUAAUUAUAAGUAAAUCACAUUAAAAUAAAAUUUCUGUUCUAGAUAAAAUGUAGAAACUUUGAUGGCUGAAAAGUUGAAAAAUUGAUGUUAGAAUAUGUCAUUUUUUUGGCAGAAAUGUCGUUGCAUAGUGGUUAGGACGCUGCAUUGCUGGGCAACAGAUUCGAUUUCUCGCCGUUUCCGCACAGAAAAAAAUUCUAUCUGUUGUCCUCACCUACUUAUAUGGUCCAUAUCCUGUAUGCUCUAUCUUUGUUUGUAAAUAGCCAAUCCGUAUCGAUA